GCACUGGAGGCUGCAGUACUGGACUCCGCCUCUCUCUGCCUCUUUAUGCGCAGAGACGGUGAGGCCAGCAUGAAAAUAUAAAGUGAGAGAGUCCGACUUCACUCUGUGCAACCUUCACAAACCGAUCUACAGCUGAAGAAGUUUUAAAAAAAAUCUGCUUAUUAGAUUGUUGUGCUUUGAAAAAGGUUUUCACAGAAUCCCUAUCAGAUCCAGUUGGAAUAGCGUGGAAAAGCAGUUAUUGACCCAAGUAAAAGCCAUGGCACUUCCUGGGACCAGAGAUACAACAGAUACCAAGCGUCAGCGCUUUGGGAAGUGGAAGGAUGUUACAGAAGAAGACUUUCAACCCUCACAGCCACCAUCGGCACAGUCUAAGCGAGAAAUGCCAAAAGAAUUUCGAAAAGCAAGUUUUGCAGAGACUGAUGAAAAUGUGAGGAUUAUUGCAGAGAAGAUAUUUGCCUCUGCUGUUCGACAUGGCGACCAGACAGAUGGCAUUUCCCUGUUUACAGUACCUGAGGACUGUCCCAUUGGGGAGCAUCAGGCCAAAGAGCGAGAGCUGCAGAAAGAGUUGGCGGAACAGCAGUCUGCGCAAACAGCCAAAAGAAAGAAGAGCUUCAAGCUGAUUCGCUCACAGUCUUUAAUUCAGAUGUCACAGGAUGGGUUCCAGUCAGUUACACCAAUAGUGACACCGUCCUCACCUACUGCGCCAUUUAUAGGAGCACAAGUGUACUGCAAUGUACCCGAAUUUCAGAGAGUAAUGAUCAGCGGGGACUACUGUGCCGGGGUGACAUUGGAUGAUUAUGAGCAGGCGGCUGCAGGCCUCGCAAAAGCUUUAUUUAUUCGAGAAAAGUAUUCACAACUUGCCCUUCAUCGCUUCCCACGAACAACAACUCAGUAUUUACGCACAAUUGAACAUGAAGUAUUUAAGCCAGAGGACCAAGUAAUACCAGAUUUCUGCCCACCAGUAAAUGAAAAACAAGACCCAUACAAUCUUGAUGAUGCACCAGAGAACAAAGAUAUGGCAGUGAAAAUGAAGUCUGGAAUCAUCCAUGUAUAUGAUAACAAAGAGAAGAUGGAAAUGAAUCAGCCCUGUAAUUUUCCUUAUGUAGAUCUGGAAUCCUAUACGCUAGAUCUUAGCUUCCUUCUUGCACUUAUUACUGAUGGCCCUACGAAAACCUAUUGUCACCGGCGAUUGAAGUUUCUAGAGUCCAAGUUCUAUCUCCAUGAAAUGCUGAAUGAAAUGGCUGAACUCAAAGAAUUGAAAAUGACUCCCCAUCGAGAUUUCUAUAAUGUUAGAAAAGUCGAUACCCAUAUUCACGCUGCUGCCUGCAUGAAUCAGAACCACUUAUUAAAAUUUAUUAAACACACCUACAAAACUGAGGCAGACAGGAUUGUCCUUGAAAAGAAAGGGAAGAAGAUAACACUGAAAAAGUUGUUUCAAGAUCUUAAAAUGGAACCAUAUAAUCUCACUGUUGACUCUCUAGAUGUCCAUGCUGGUCGUCAGACAUUUCAUCGCUUUGAUAAAUUUAAUGCAAAAUAUAACCCAGUUGGCGCCAGUGAACUGAGAGACCUGUAUUUAAAAACUGAUAAUUAUACCGAAGGCGAAUACUUUGCUCGUAUUGUUAAGGAAGUAGCUGAAGAUCUGGAAGAAAGCAGGUAUCUAUAUGCAGAACCUAGACUGUCCAUAUAUGGUCAGUCAACAAAAGAAUGGGACAAACUGGCAAUAUGGUUCAUCCAGCACAAAAUGUACUCACCAAACAUGCGCUGGAUCAUCCAGGUACCCAGAAUUUAUGAUAUAUUUAGAUCCAAAGGUCUUCUGCCAAACUUUGCAAAAAUGCUGGAAAAUUUAUUUUUACCUCUUUUUGAGGCGACGAUUAACCCCAAGGAUCAUAAAGAACUGAAUUUGUUCUUAAAAUAUGUCACAGGAUUUGACAGUGUUGAUGACGAAUCCAAGCACAGUGAUCACAUGUUCUCAAACAGGAGUCCCACCCCCGAGGAAUGGACCACUGAAAUGAACCCACCGUACAGCUACUAUUUGUAUUACAUGUAUGCCAAUAUUGCUGUACUCAACAACCUCCGGAAGGAUCGAGGCAUGAAUACAUUCCUGUUCCGGCCACACUGCGGAGAAGCUGGAUCUAUCACACACCUUGUGUCAGCUUUUUUAACAGCUGACAACAUCUCUCAUGGACUAAACCUUAAAACGAGUCCUGUUCUUCAGUACUUAUAUUAUCUUGCACAAAUACCAAUUGCCAUGUCACCUCUCAGCAACAACAGCUUGUUCCUGCAGUAUUCAAAAAAUCCCUUAAAGGAAUUCCUGUACAAAGGACUGGUGGUAUCUCUUUCUACAGAUGACCCAAUGCAGUUCCAUUACACUAAGGAAGCACUCAUGGAAGAAUAUGCCAUAGCUGCACAGCUCUGGAAGUUCUCGACAUGUGACCAGUGUGAGAUAGCACGGAACAGCGUACUCCAGAGUGGACUUUCGCACAUUGAAAAGCAGAAAUUUUUGGGAAACAGCUACUUCAUAGAUGGCCCUGAAGGGAAUGAAAUUAGGAAGACAAAUGUGUCUCAGAUAAGGAUGGCCUAUCGUUAUGAAACUCUGUGCAAUGAACUUAGCUUUCUUGUUCCGGCAAUGAAAUCAGAAGACAACAAUUCUCCAUCAGAGUAAUAUGAGAAACUUUUGAUUAAAUGAUACAUUAAUCUUAAUGUGCAAUAUUGAAAAAAAAUCAUCUUGACCAGAGCAGAAGCAGCACAUGGACAUGCAAAAAAUCAAUGUAUAGGACUUCAUUUGUGUUAUAAGUAUGGUUACAAAAAUGGUGUUAUCUUUUAUUUAAAUUCAAGCACAGUCGUUCCAAAUUUACAUUCUUUUAUUUUUCUUCUCUUUGUAUCCAAAGAUAUUAAACAUAUUAAUUUUCUCAGUCA